CAAAUCUCGGAAGUCUCAAUCUGCUGCAGGGGGCUGCGCACCAACCCAUUUAUGAGGCAGGGCUGAUCAUGUCUAGCUCGAAUACGUCAUCAUGAUUGUUUGAUUUCUCGAAUGGCUCUAGUAGAUCUUAUAUGAGAUUAGACCGAGUAUAGCAACAAUCCGAGUCUCCUCCAUAGUUCAUCUCAGAGGCUGCAAGAGUUUAACGAUACUUGGGCAACCUUGCAUGCGAGCAUCAAGUUGUUGCGGCCCGCCCAGGGACGGUUUUCCUGAUCCGACGCCUACAAUCAUCGCUUUUGAAUGCGCACAAGAGUCAGCAAACCCUAUACAUGCUGACUCCCACCACAUCCUCUCAUCCAUUUCUGUUGAUUUGAGGGAGACUCUUUUGUGGGAAAAUCCGAGUCACCAAGAUGCUGCCAACAAGUUUGCCACCGCUGAACAAAGGUGGUCAUGCAACACACUCCAAAAGAUGCUUGUCCGGCUUGCCAGCUUGCCAAGUGGAUAUCGAUCCGGCCAAGCUUGCCCUAUCCUUUUACUGCCUAGGCUCCCUGGAUGUUUCAGGUGAACUCGAGAAGAAGACUAAAGAUUGGGAAAGAGAACAAUGGAGGGAAUGGAUAUGGAAUCAACAGACUAGCGGACAUUAUGGAACCGGCUUCCGAGCAAGCACUUAUAUGACUGCAAAACACUUGACAGAAGAACAAUCGGGCUAUGAUAACCCCCAGAUUAUCAUGACUUAUACAGCCCUUCUCUCGCUGGCCAUAUUGCGUGACAACUUUUCACGUCUUGACAGAAAGGGCCUCUUGAAGUUCCUCAGAUCCUGUCAAAACGUUGAUGGAAGUUUUUCUUCUGAGCCUUUAGGAGGUGACUCUGAUCUACGCACGACGUUCUGUGCUUUCGCCAUAAGCACCAUGCUUGACGAUUGGUCAGGUAUGGAUGUAGCAAGUGCUCUGCAAUUCAUCUGUUCGUGCCGAACAUAUGAAGGAGGCUAUGGGCAAUCACCGUUUGGGGAGGCUCUAGGUGGCACUACGUAUUGUGCACUGGCAGCACUCCGAUUAGCUACUAUACAACUAGAUCCUCUUGAUCGAGAUAAAACCAUUCGGUGGCUUGUACAAAACCAAGCAUCUAAUGGCGGAUUUCGUGGAAGGACUAACAAGCAAGCCGAUGCAUGCUAUUGUUUUUGGUGCGGCGCAUCGCUGCAUAUGUUAGAUGCAGGCGAUUUGAUUGACAAAGUAGAAAUGGCAUCCUUUAUAGCUUCCUGCCAAUUCAAGUACGGCGGGAUUGCAAAGAUUCCAGGCGAGCACCCUGCAAACACCGUCCUAGAUCCCUAUCACACAUACCUCUCACUGGCAGCGGUGGCGUUACUACCGUCCAAUUUAUCAGGAGGAGAAUUAUGGGCACUUCAUCCUCUAGAUCCUCUAUUGAACGCAACAUACCAGACGUCCUCGUGGGCUAGAGCUCAUAUUCCAGCACCUAAAGUUGACGAUGACGAUGCUUUGGGUGAUGCAGGCAUAUAA